ACUAGGCAUCAAUUAUCUUACUAGGUACGAGGAACCAAGUAGAUUCGAGGACCAAAGACCGAACAAAGUAUAUGCCCCAUAUCGAAAAUCACUACUGCACGACCAUAUUACUCAAUACCUACCAUACCCAAACUAUCAACAAUUGAUCGUCUCUGCUUCUGCUUCUCCGCUGUUACGAACGGAUCCCACUAUUCUACAUCACAAGCAACAAUUGAUUCUAAUUCAAUUCACUUCACUUACCCGACGACGAACAAACAAGCAAGCAAGCAAGCAAACAAACAAACAAACGGGAACGAAAGGCAAUUGGUACCUCACCUCACCUACCACCUACCAACUUCAACCACCAGCAUAUGCCAAUCUUCAAAGUCAGUCCCGACCAAUUCACUCCCGGAAAAAUAAAUUACUCUGUAGCACGCAAGCAAACGUCCCCCCAAUAUUUUGGCUUGUUUCGAAAACAGAUUCUGUCGCGUCAACCUCUUCUGACAUCUAUCGCAUCAGAAAACCACCCUAGUACCCGGUCACAAAAUAUAUUACCCGCAGACAAAUUAUCGCGAGCGGCUGGUCGACGGGGAGAAAGAAUACGGGACAAUCGGUUGAAUGAUUCGCAUUGGCAAAGAAUUGGCGCGCAAUUGACAUCGAACCUUACGUAGGUAUUGAUCGAGGCUAGAGUCGCAGUGAGGGUAGAUCUCAAAACAGGAAACAACUUCAGUACCAUCAUAUUAUCCUUUCCAAACCAAUUCUACAAUACUUCAUGACGACUCAGCUGCAAUUGUGGCUGCCAUGCAUACCAUCGAGAAGAUGCCGAACGCACCGACGAAGCGACUCGGCGUUGACCUGAAUGUCGAUACUGGCUAUAAAGGAAAAAGAAGAGAAAGUAUAUCCCCGCCCCAGACACCGGAGGCGCAGACCACCACUAAAGAUAAUAUUACUUCGUCAAAUCGGGCGCUUAAUGGACGGAAUGGAACAGGGCAUACAUUUUUAGAUGACAUUACACCAGCGGAUCCUUCAAACAGAGAAAAUGAUCCUGAGAAUGUACGAAGUAACCGGGAUUCCCACGACCUCUCACUUUCUCCCCGACAAGUUACCCGCGAUUCCUUGGUAGAUCAUAUGCUACUUUCCCUAGAUCAAUUCUCCUUUGGUCAAGAAGAUUUUAGUUUGCGCAAUCCUACGCUUGCUGAAGAUCGGUUAUAUUCCUCCUUCGGUGAUGACGAACCACACCAAUCACCUCAAAAUUUCGCAGCUAGGGGUGGCAGAGGACACGCUUAUUCCUUUAGUUCUGACUACGAUCCGGCGGAUGACUCGAGUCGAUAUUCAGACAGAAUCUCUCGCAGUCGAAGAAGUAACAGCAGUUCCAACUUCCAAACCGGCUUGACUAGAAUUAAUAGUAUACGCAACGAUAUUGGUGGAUCAAUCAGAGGACCUCCGAUACCACAGCGCGGAGCGAGAAAGAAUACCGAAAGUAGUGUGGGAAGUAAAGGGAGCAGUGCGAAUAGUUUCGACCUUGGUUACGCACAAAUUACAAGCAGCCAGAGGUGGGCCCAUGGUUUGGCGGGGAGGUCUUCAAGCUUUGAUUACGGCUGUGAUCUCCAAGCAACUUCUCAAUCCAUCCUGGGAAGACAUAUGAAUAAUAUACACGUACCUUCUGCAUCUCCAUACGACUACGACGCGGCUCCAACACCAACAGUGCCUGGCGGUCCACGACGUCCUCGACCUACAUCCCCAAUUCUGGUUUCACGACCCGAUCUUGCCAUGAUCGAUCCUCCAAUGGAAAAUUUGGAGAGGAAAAGAAGUGCAAAAUCUUCAAAGAGCGCACACAAACCGAGGGGUUUCACCAAUCCUGCCAGGUAUGAAUAUGGCCUUGAUGAUCGCAGUAAAGAAUUGCCACCCAUGCCGGCUUUCAUAAAAGAACAAUCUCCUUCACCUGGUGGGGCAUAUUCAAAAGCCAAAGAUGCUCCUCAGCACGCGCAACCUUCCGGUCAAGCGCCCAAGGAAAAACCUGGUUUUUUUAGAAGGGUUUUCGGUUCUUCCUGGAACAACAGUGGGAACAACAGUGUUGUGGUACCCGACCCACCGCCUUCGCACGGUUCCACUACGUCCACUGAAACGACGGAACGUCCAGGUAGCAGAACUCAUGCUGCUAACACAAUGAAAUUUAACAACGUAUUACCACCUCGAGAAAAUCCACAAGCUCCGAAAGAACACCCGCAUGUACUUACCAAAAAGCCAUCAUCGUUCUUCCGCCGGCGUAAGAAGUCUGUGUCUGACCCCGAACCUGUUCCCCUGCCAGCAAUGCCGUUGCCAUCCAUGAUGCUCGAGCCACACAAAUUGCGACCAGACAUUCCAGAUUUGCAGCCUGAGGCUAGUCCUGUAAGUAGUCUUCGCCAGGUUAUGAACCCAUAUCUACACAGCCCAGGGAGACCUCCAUUUGAGGCUCAUCUACCAACCGCUAGCCUUGAUCGGCAAAUUAAUGAUAUUUCCGAUGAUUUUGAACGCAAAAGCCAUGUAAUGGGCUUUUCUCCGAGUUACGACCCAGACCCAAAUGCUACAAUCCGACAAAUACCUCCUUCGAAACCGGCAUCAUCGCAUGCUGGGGAUAGCCGCCAAUCAUCUUAUUCAUCCAUUAAACAACCGCGUAGAUCCGCGAGUACCAAUUUGGCUAUGCCUGGUGGAUUUGACGGGCAAGCCAAGGAAGACCGUGAAACAUCCUUCCAUGGUACUAAUGAGAGUGAUCGUGACGCGAAGUUUAAUUUGACGACCACGAAAGAUGUACCUGGUAGUACAUUGUUACCCAGUCCGACCUCUCCUGGUCUAUCUUCUUCAGUGGCGAGGGAUAUGGCUACUGUUGCGGAGUAUGAAAGAAUACACUCAAGACGCUCACCGACGACCUCCAAAAACUCACCAGAAUCAGAGGCCAGCCCAGUGGAGCCUCUUUUAGAGUCCCCUCUAAGUACCGUGAAUUCCAAGGACAGUCAGGCACUAUCGAUUGGUCCUGCCAAAGAAGAAGAGUGGGUAGUGCUUGCUCCUUCUAAGUCGGACUUGCCAGAGAAAGAUCGUGUUUGGUUGGAACCUGGAUCAUCGGAAGAGGAUCUCCCAGCGACAAAUACCUUGAAACCUAAACUCGCGAACUCGAUUGCGGCUUCCGGAUCUACCGAUACCAUAUAUAAAUCGGCCGUUAGUCUACCACUUUUACAAGUCGAGGGACAAGAAGAAGGCCCGCCUGCUAGCCCUCCACCAAUGUCUUACAAGGAAAACAUUGCGCCAUUUGACUUCCCAGAAUUUGAAGGAGUUGAUGAUACAGAACCCACAGAAGAAGACCUGAUUAGAGCACAGAAGUUAUACGACGGCAAUGAAGAUUUCAUUCCAAAGGAAAAGGCGACGGCAUGGAUGGGAGACGAGGGAGCUGUUCGAGCAAGGACUCUGAAGGCGUAUAUGAGUCUUUACGACUUCACGAACCGUAACAUACUCGCUUCGAUGCGUGUAGUUUGCGGUAGACUGGUGCUUAAAGGUGAAAGCCAACAGGUUGACAGAAUAUUAGAUGCUUUUUCUAAGAGAUGGUGUCAAAGUAAUCCCAAUCAUGGAUUUAAAACUACAGGUAAGUUGAUGCGCAAUGCCCAUUUUAUAUCAAUCUAAUGCGUUUAGAUGUCGUGCACACAAUUUGCUACUCGGUUCUUCUGCUCAACACAGAUUUGCAUAUCGCCGAUAUUGAGCAAAAGAUGACUCGUAGUCAGUUCAUUAAGAAUACAAUGCCCACGAUACGACGAAGUGUCGCAGAUUCAGUGCAUGAAUUUGAGCCCAUCAGACCCACGGUACUCCCUGGAAAAAGCUCCGCUUUCGAUGAUCCCAAUGUUAACGACGAUCAUGCCGACGCUGUAUCAAUUGAAGUUUUUGAAAAACCUUCUUGGAGGUCUUCAUUCAAGCCUGCCCCGCGUCAAGAUCCUGACAACCCAAAUGCUCCCACGCCUCUAGAUUAUGAUACCCCUAUGGAUGACUGUGGACCCUUAGUUAAGGCACCUUUUCGCGGAACUUUACGUACCUGGGAAGUGCAGGUUGAGAUUGUUCUCAAGGACUUUUAUAACUCUAUUCGCAAUGAUCGUCUUCCGCUAUUUGGUGCCGGCGAUAGGUCACAAAUUCAGGCUUCAUCUAAUACUCUUUCAGUGUUCGCCAAUGGCGUGUUACGCCGUAGUCCCAGUGUUUUGAGCAAAGCUCCCUCAGAGUCGCCCAGUUAUCUUCGCGGGAGAACCGCAGAAACUGUACGCACAAAUGGAAAGUGGAGCAACAAAACUCGAUCGAGACCUCGUCUAUAUCCCAAUUCAGCCUUGGGCUCUAGUCGAACUAGUUUGGAUGAUCAAUCAUCUAUGUGGAGUCCCUCCGUAUCGUCUAGUACUUGGAGCAAGUAUUCUCUUGGCAAACACACCUCGAUGUCUGUAGACUCUCUUGGUUCUGUCUUCCAAGGUGAUUACCAACAAUCUAUUGGAUUUGCCAAUGCUCUUAGUCAAGCAAUUAUCCGCGAAGAAACAGUCCAUAAUCCAGGCAGCAGAGGCAGUGACCAUGAAGAACUUCGUGUUGCUCCUCUGCUCGAUGAUGAAUCUUUAGAACUUGCUGGUGCGCCAUGGGCAAAAGAAGGUAUGGUAACGCACAAGCAUCAUCUGGAAGCUCUUGACAAAAAAGCAAAGGAUCGCAACUGGAGUGAAGUAUUUGCUGUCAUCGAAAAGGGUUACAUGAGCUUGUUCUCAUUCUCUACGAAAAGCGUGCGAAAGCCUAAAGUUAAACCAAAUGGUGGAGUUGUUGGUGGUGGGAAUUGGCAGGAGAACGCAGAAAACCUUGGCUCAUUUCUGCUUCGACAAACUAUUGCUAGUGCGCUGCCUUCACCGGGCUAUUCCAAGGCUCGUCCUCAUGUUUGGGCGCUUUCCUUACCUACUGGAGCGGUACAUCUCUUUCAAGUAGGCACAGCAGAUAUUGUUAAAGAAUUCGUCACAACAGCCAAUUACUGGAGUGCUCGUUUAUCAAACCAUCCUCUCGUUGGUGGUAUCAGUAAUAUCGAGUACGGCUGGUCUGAUGACAUCGUAAAUAACCCUCUGGUCACCGCGAUCAAUGAACAAAACACUAGGCCAUCAACCUCUGGUGCUAGACCUAGCAUGCAAAGUUCUUUACGAUCAAGCUUGGAUCACGGUUACGUGGGUGGUAUCAGGUCGAGGUUACCGGGCGAUAGAAUCGCCAUAAAUGACUGGAGUCCUCCAAUACAGAGUAUGAGGGCUAGUAACUUAAUGGAGCCGGAUCAGCUAAGAACAUUGACUGCUUAUGUGCAGAGUGUUGAGGAAGAAUUGCAGAGACAUAAUAUGUUGAGGAAUCCUAUGCUUUUGGCUGUAAGUUUGUGCAUGCCUCCGUCCUUGAAGUCUGACUAACUUAAAAAAAAAGUACACACCACGUCACCCCAACGCUCAAAAAGCAAUGGCAAAUUGGGAAAAGAAAUCCUCGUACUUGCUUCGCGAAAUUGUGAAGUUUACAACAUAUAUUGAUAGUCUGCAUACAGCUGAGGUAGGCAGACAAAGAAUAUAUGCUGAAAGAGCUGCGCAUCAAGCCGUCGCUGAGAGGAAAGAUGAGGAUGAAGAAGCAGAGGGCAACACUACAAUCACCAAAUGAAACUUACAAAAUCAUUUGUACGAAGAAAGAUGAAGAUACAUUAUGACGAUUAUGUAUAUACGACACGGAUGACUCUGCGUUAAUAGAAACCUCGAUAUUGUGUUUUUCUUGACGGAAUAAAAAAUGGGAUGAUUUGAAUGGAAAGGGGAAUGGCAAAGGAAAGGAAUGGCGUUUUACAUUUUUGCUUAAGGGGAACCUAGAACGCUUUAAUAUUCCGGCACGAUGAGUGACGGGCUUCUUAUUACUAUUUCGUCAAUUUAGCUUGCGUGGACUUUUGGCUUGAUUUGGCUUUCUUGCUCUUCGGAUUAGAAAUGCGGGAGCGCGUUCUUUAUUUUUGUAAUUCGAAUUAUUUCGUCUCUGGUUUGCAAGUUUUGUUGGUUGGUUGGCUGUUUUUUGGUUGAUUGAGUCUAUACCCCGUUCGCUGCUGUUGUCGUUGCUUGCUUGCUUGCUUGGAUUUUGUUUUUGGGAACGAGGAAAGAGGGAAGAGAAAUGAGAAGCAAGAGAAAAUGGGGAUGAGAAGAAAUUCUAUGGCUCGGUGAGGAAGACAGUGUGCUUUAUCAUAUAGCGCUUAUGAAGAGGUGGAGGGAGAUGGGAC